AUGGGACGACCUGAGAGAUGCAGAGUAGCAGAGGGCAGGGAGUCGCCAGUGUCUACUGUUGCUCACGCUGACAGUGAUCAAGGAGAAGAAGAGUGCCCUCGUAUUUCACUGCUCAAUGGGAUAGACCAGAGCCGGCGACACCGGACUGCUUUCACGAGGGAGCAGCUGACCCGCCUUGAGCAAGAAUACUGUAAAGAAAGUUACGUGUCUCGCCCCAGACGAUGCGAACUGGCGGCGGCGCUCAACUUGCCGGAGACCACAAUAAAGGUCUGGUUCCAGAACAGGAGGAUGAAGGACAAGAGGCAGCGUCACAGUCUGAACUGGCCUAAUCCACUAGACCCAAACCUGUGCGCCUUCAUGGUGAGUCAAGCGGCUGCUGGACUCCCCUACCCACUGCUGCCCCGCUUGCCCCUUCAUCUAUACUCUCAUCUGGGCAUGGGUAGCCUCUCAGGUUAUACAAGCCCCUACAGUGCCACCACAAGGCCAGUGGACACUUUGCACCUCCCUCCCUCAACCUACCCCUGGCUUAGUGGACUUCCACAACCUGCUCUCUAUUCCCCCAUCCAGACGAUGCACCAUCCCGCAGGAUGCCACUGUCCCCACUGCCUGCACUGGAGACCAGACCACCUGCUUAAACCUAGAGGGGGGGCUAGGACAGCCACACAGCCCAAAAGCUUCGGCAGUGCUUCGGGAUGAAAGAAUAGUGGCGUCUUUGGCUUGCUAAAAAGAGAGUUUACCCAAAAAAGAAAAUUCAUCGGUCAUUCACACACCCUCGUGUAACUCUAAACCCGUUUGACCUGUGUGCUUUCUUCGGUGGGACACGAAAGAAUAUAUCUUGAAGGUUUUUUUUUUGAAAGUUUAAAGCUGUUGUAUUUAUGCAUAUGUACAGUUUUUCAGAAUAUAUCAUCACUCGCGAAGAGCUGUUUUGUUGUUUGUCUUCCCAUAGCAUAGAAAACAGUUUCGCUCGCCUUCCUAAAAUACCCGAUCUUUAGAUAUUUUGUUCAUAAACAUUUUUUAUGUGUUGACAUUUUUGCACCUGA